UGUAAGUAUUAUUCCGAGUUAGCUUACCUAUACACACUAGUUAGCAACUGCCGUCGCAAGUGUAAUUGCAAACGUCCGCUUGACAUGUCGAGACAUUCUACUGUAAUAUCACUUAUUUGUGAUUCGACGAAUAUAUUAUACUGAACUAGUUUCAUGAAGAUACUUUUGAAGUAACCAGUUACUUAUCAUUAAUCAAUCACGAUAAUUCAAUCGUACGAAUUCUAUUUAUGAAUCUACCUCUGUUUGCCUCAGAAAUGAGUCAUAUAAGGAGUUUACGUACCAUGUACUGUCUAAAUGCCUGCAGUUUACAAGCCUUUAAACGAUCCAUUGUAAUUAAGAAUGGAUACAGAGAUAUUCAUCACACAUGCAAAGUGCUGGUGGUCGGAGGUGGUACCGGUGGUUGUAGCAUGGCUGCGAAACUCGCGAACAAGUUUAAAGAUCCAAAGCAAGUUGUGAUAGUAGAACCAAGCGAAGUGCAUUAUUAUCAACCAAUGUUUACUUUGAUCGGUGGUGGAAUAAGAUCUUUUGACGAUUCGAAGAGAUCGAUGAAAGAUACCUUACCGAGGAACGCCACGUGGUUUCAAGAGAGUGUAACAAGUUUCGAACCAGCACAGAACCAAGUUGCUAUGAGCAAUGGGGACACCGUUCAAUACGAAAUCAUGAUCGUCGCAAUGGGAUUGCAGUUGUUUUGGGAAAAAAUACCAGGUUUAACAGAGAGCCUCAAAGAUAGUACAUCCCAAGUUUGUUCUAUCUAUGGGCCCGACACUGUCGCAAAUGUAUUCCCGAAAAUUGCAAGAACCAAGGAAGGCACUGCGAUCUUUACUUUCCCUAACAGCCCCGUCAAAUGCCCUGGUGCUCCGCAGAAGAUCGCGUACAUUGCCGAGGAAUAUUUUCGUAAACAAAAGGUACGCGAUAAUGUAAAAGUCAAGUACAAUACGGCUCUGCCCGUAAUAUUCGGCGUUAAAAAGUAUGCCGACGCUCUUUGGGAGGUGUGCAAGCGAAGGAAUAUUACUGUGAACGUUCAGACAAAUCUGGUAAAGAUAGACCCAACUAAAGGAGAAGCUGUAUUCGAGAAAUUGGGUGACUCCAAAGAGACGUUCGUCGAGAAGUAUUCAUUGCUUCACGUGUGCCCGCCAAUGGGACCACCCGACGUUUUGAAGAAACAUCCUUCUUUAACGAAUGAAGCAGGAUUUCUGUCUGUCGAUCCUAAAACAUUGCGACACACGAAAUACUCGAAUGUCUACGGAAUCGGAGACUGUACCAGUAGUCCGAAUUCUAAAACGAUGGCAGCGAUAGCGGCUCAGGGGAAAGUGUUGUAUAAAAAUAUAAUCGAUGAAUUGGCUGGUAAGCCAAUGGUCAUGGCUUAUAACGGUUAUUCGUCUUGUCCCUUGGUCACUGGUUAUAGAACAUGCAUCUUGGCUGAAUUCGAUUAUAAUUUGCAACCGAUGGAGACGUUCCCAGUGAACCAGGGACGGGAAUACUUUUUCACGUAUCUCCUCAAGGUUUACGGAUUCCCUUUCGUCUACUGGACCCUAAUGACUCGUGGGAAGUGGGAUGGACCUGAGUUUCUACGGAAAUACUCGAAUUUAAUAAAGAAGGAGGAGACCGUCCGAAUUUAAUAUAAAUAUGUUAGCUGUACAAAAUAAAUUUUAUAUGUA